AUGCACUGUGCCAUACGGCAAAAUCCUAUUGAGUCUUCUGGGCGAGCCACGUACCCUUAAGAGUGCUAUAUUCCAAAACUCCCCCCAGGGGGUGUCGUUUUCCCGAAACAGUACCAUUUACGAAGAAGAAGAGGAUAUAUAUAUAUAUAUGCAAAUGCGCGGGGGUGGGGUACGUGGAGACCGUCUCUUGCUUAGGGAGCUCCUUGUGUGGUGGUUUACUCUCCGAUCUCCUUCCCUGGUCCUGCUCCGGCGACGGUGGCGAUGGCGGAUGUCCGGAAGGUUUCUUCUCCGAGUGCAGUCUCUGCUCUUCUGAUAUUUUCCGGGAGUUUUCCUCCUCUCAUUGCAUCGGGUCUUCGUUUCUUCCAUGCCGGUCAGGUGUUCGGCCAAUUGCCUGACAGAAGGCUGAUGUUUCUGGCGAGAUGAUCGUGGAGUCGGAUUCAGAGCUCCGGUCGAUUUAGGGUUUCGACUGUCGGGGAAGGGUCCUCUCCCUUUGGCAUCGGGUUCUUUCUCCCGUCUUCCUCUCGCACGAAUGGCGUCCCGCUUUCUCCUCUUCUCCCGCCGAGUCGUGACGAGAUCUUCAAUUCUUCGUUCCCAUCUCAACCAGACCUUCGUCUUGGCCACUCCUCCGCCGUUUCCCCCCUUCAUUGGGUAAAUCACGCUUCCGAUCUUCUUCAUGUCUUCGACUGCGCGUGGUCGAACCCUAAGCUGUCCUCCUCUCUCUCUCUCUCUCUCUCUCUCUCUCUCGCCCUCUCCCCCUCUUCAAUCUGCCAGGUGCCUUCUCCCCUCGCCCCAGAGGCCAUGGUGGGAUUCCAGAAAUCUGAGCCAGGGGACGGUGCGCCUCGUCCUCUCGGGAGGCAAACCGAGGUUCGAAACGGAGGAGGUGGAGCCACCGAGAAAGGAGAGGUACCGCACCAAGAAGCGGCUGAAAAUGCAGCGGAAGAGGGAGAAGAGGAAGAGGAAGGAGGCCAACAGGAAGGACCCCCGGUGCAUCCGAGUGAAGGGCAAGAAGAAGAAGCCGAGGUUCCUCAACGCCGAGGCCCGACUCAAGUACAAGAUCGAGAUGGUACCUAUCUCUCAAUCUCCUUAAUCAGUUACGCUCCCUGCAUCCCCCCCGUCCUCUAAGGUGGAGCUUUCCACACUCCUGGUUUUCAUCCUAAUUUCCAUUCUUCUCGGAUUGAAAUGCGCCAUGGCCUCCAGGAAAGAGCUUUCAGCUCUGCAUCAGACCAAACCCAUGCCAUGCGUCAUCCUUCUUUACUAACUUCAGGACUCUGUUCUGAGAGUUCAUUGUCUCCAGUUUCUGUAGUUAGUGCACAUCUCUGGUGAAUUACUUUCAGGACGGUCUUCAUCAUUCUUCGUCAGUCUCUCAAGAAAAAAAAAAAAAUGCCAUCAGGAGGGAUAUGGGCGAUGGCAAAUUGGCAGGAAUUCUUGGCAGUCGUCGUGUUUAUAUGGGGAAGUUCACAUUUUUAAGGGGAUGAGGCUAAGAUUGACUUGCGUAUGUUCUCAAGGAGAUAAUCAUUGACUUUCCUAGAUUCUCAUGGACGUGGGUUGACUUAUCAGGCAAAAUUGAAAGAGGCCGCCCUGGUAGAAAGGCUCAAGAGCUACCAAGUCCCGAAAUUGCAGGGCCCGGUGCCUGAACCAGAUGAGCUGACGGGAGAGGAACGCUUCUACAUGAAGAAGAUGGCCCAGAAGGGAUCCAACUACGUGCCCCUCGGGAGGCGAGGCGUCUUCGGAGGCCUGAUCCUCAACAUGCACUUGCACUGGAAGAAGCAUGAGACCGUCAAAGUCAUCUGCAAGCCCUGCAAACCAGGCCAAGUCCACGAGUACGCAGAAGAGAUCGCCCGGCUGAGUGGCGGCACCCCGAUCCAUGUGAUCGGCAGCGACACCAUCGUUUUCUACCGUGGGAAGAACUACGUCCAGCCCGAAGUCAUGUCCCCCAUCGAUACUCUCUCCAAGAAGAGGGUACUCUUCCUCUUCCGUCUAUUGAUUUAUCUGCUUGUUUUCUGGGUUGAACCUGAUUGAGCCGGCGACUUGGAUCGCCAUGUUUCUUGCUGCCAGGCUCUUGAAAAGUCCAAGUAUGAGCAGUCCCUCGACACAGUCAGGCACUUCAUCGCCAUAUGUGAGAAGGAACUGGAGCUCUACUAUCAGCACGUCGCACUGUAUGGUGAUCCAGCACGUCAGGAGCUGGGGUCUCCCUCGUCUUCCUCAUCAUCACCACCACCGUCGUCAUCAUCAUCAUCUUCUUCUUCUUCUUGUAUUGAUGAAUGGCCCACAGUGGUUCUGAAUGAUUACAGCGAUAAAGUGAACGGAGAAGGAUUGUGA